AUGGACAAAGUUGAAUACGAUAACAAGGCGAAUGAAAUCUUCAUUGACAUGGAGGCCUAUGCCCUUUUUGCUGAAGAUCGGACUAAAAAGCAUGCCGCAGCCAUCAAAAAGAAGGUCAAUGAGCUCGCUCGUUUGAAAGUUGUCAGACCAGAUGACUCCAAGUUGAUGACCCUCAGUGAUCUCACCAUCGCACACGCGUAUGGCCUCCCAAAAGUGCACAAAGUGGAUGUCCCCCUGAGGAUUAUAGUCCCACUUAUCAGAUCACCCACUUACAAUAUAGCUAAGUGGUUAUACAGUCGUCUGAAGCGGCUCACUUAUGGAUCGGACUACAGCAUUAACAACUCUCAAGCGUUCCAUUGCAGGGUACAAGGCCUCAAAGUAAGUACCGAUGAAUGCUUCCUGUCCUUUGACGUCGUUGCCUUGUUUUCUUCCAUGCAACACGAUUUGGCGUUUGAAUGCGUAACCCAACGUCUACAGAACAAUCCUAUUGAGAUCCCAACGCAGCAUGUUAUAGAACUGCUAAAUCUUUGCCUUAGGAACUAUUGUCAAUUUGAUUAUAGGUACUACCAACAGGUAAAGGGAACCCCGAUGGGCUCACCAGUAUCAGGACUGCUCGCCAACUAGCUUUGCAGCGACCAGAAGAGAUAGUUUUCCAAACUAUCAAGCCUAAACUAUGGCUUCGUUACGUUGAUGACACCUUUGUCAUAAUAAAGAAGUGCGAAGUCCAACGUCUUCACCAGAGACUGAAUGACAUUUUCCCAGCCAUACAGUUUACCCGCGAAGAGGCAAUUGGAGACAGCUUGCCGUUUCUGGACGUGAGGAUACAGAAGUUGAGGGAUGGUAGCCUGGCAACAAGCGUCCAUAGGAAAGACUCUAACCUUAAGAUUAUCCUCAACUAUGGAAGCAACCACCCUGCAGCUCACAAAAAAAGCUGCGUCCGAACUCUGUUCCACCGGGCCUACCGUUAUUGUAACAGCAACGAUCUCCUGAACAAUGAGCUUGCUCACCUGUAUCGGUUAUUCCGCUCUAACGGAUAUCCGAUCAGUUUUGUAAAGAACUGUCUCAGACACCAGACACAGUCGCAAGACGCCACCGCCAACGGAGAGAUUGUAACGCGAAAAUUCUUCCCCUUGCCAUAUAUGCGUGGAACUUCUGAAAUAAUCGUCCGGCAGUUCAGCCGCUUGGGUAUUCACGUUGCCCACAAACCGGCAUCUUCACUACGCGCAGCACUAUCUCGAGUGAAGGAUCCCAUCCCGAAAGAGCAACAAACGAAUGUAAUUUAUCGCAUCCCGCGCGCUAAUUACUCUUGCGUGUAUGUUGGCCAUACAGGUUGAUGCCUGGGCACCCGUAUCAACGAACACAAACUGGCUAUCCGUCGGCGAGACACCCUGUCCCUCGUCUUUGCCCAUGCACUCGAGUACGACCACCAAUUCAAUUGGGAUGGCCAUGAGGCCGUCGCCAUGGCUAACACAAAGCGAGCGAGGGAAUUUCUCGAGGCUUGGUACUCCAAUGAGGGUAGUAUCAAUCGCCACGUUGACUUAGAUGCCUAUUACGAGGGUCUACGUUCACGAAUGACUGCCCCCUGCCCUAAUUCACGCAUCAACGACCGCGACUACAGCAGCCCGCAUCCAAACUGAUUCACCAACCACCCUCCCCCUCCAGCAGGAUGUGCCGUAAUUAUUCCGCCUCCCCUCCCUUCCACGUUCUUUACUCAGGGACCUACCAUGACCUCGGGAGCCCACCAACCCCCCUCCUCUCACACGUCAGUGGUCUGUUUUGUCCUAUUAAACCAACUAGUCUACUGUGACAACAUAAGUUUCUCCCUCGUUUUCUUUUCGUCUGACUACGGGUUGGUGGCACCAGCUCGAAAAUCCACGAGUACAACUCGACUUUUCCGAAGAACCUCUUUUAUUUUUCAUAUAUAUAAACAUAUGUAUAAAUAAAUAUAUAUAUACUACAACUCGAUUUUUUCCGACGAGCCUUCCAUCUUCUUCAUAUGUAUAUAUAUAUAUAUAUAUAUAUAUAUAUAUAUAUAAGGUGAUACCGACAAAGAAAAGGGAGACUGGAAUGGCCAUUUCUGGCUUAUUAGCCGUCAUCAGCCAGUCAUACCCAACCCCAAGUGUGGAUCACUUGAUAUUCGAACCCGGGAUCUUUGGUCGUGGAGUUUAAGGUCUACCAUUGAGCCACGGGCCCGUUGUCCUGUCGGUUGUGAUCGGGAAUAUUAAUUAUGAUAGUGGUCGCUCGCCGAUCAUGUUACGGAACACGCUCGUUCCGUGAUGACGGCUUUUAAGCCAGAAAUGGCCAUUCCGGUCUCCCUUAACUUUGUCGGUAUCACCUUAUCUACAUAUAUCACUAGUCGCUGUGCGACUGCCUGCGAAGUUUCUAGUAUGAGCCCCAAGGCACAACGGAACGAGCAUGUUCCGUAACAUGAUCGGCGAGCGCCCACUGAGAACGUCAUUUCUGAAAUACUUCACCGAAUAAACGCCACCACCAAAGAAACGGGCCGACCUGCAUAAGAAACUACAAUCUCUUUUGUGCACGGCCAGCGAGAACCGAAUGUCUACGAAGGUUGUUAAUCUUUCGAAAAGGGACCUAUCUUCUACUGAAAUAAGCCUCCUGUCUAAGGGGAUAAGAUUCAGUCACACCGAUGCUGCACCUACGGACUUCCUAGCCAACCUUGAAUCCCUCCUUCUGACUUCAGACGUCCCUGAUGACAUGUGUGCGGACAUUCGCAGUUGUGCCACUGGUCUCCUUCGACAAAGGAAACAUCAUCAAACCCUACCGACCGAAGAGAAAAAGGCGUUGCGAUCGCUCAAGACAGAUGACAAAAUAGUUAUUGUGUCUGCUGACAAAGGAGGAGCAACUUUUAUCAUGGAUAAGGUUGAUUACGUCAACAAGGCAAACCAAAUCUUCGAUGACAGGGAAGCCUAUGCACCACUCGCCGCAGACCCAACGAAAAAGCAAGCCGCUACUAUCAAGAAGAAAGUGAAUGAGCUUGCCCGAUUGAAGCUCAUAAGCCCCGAUGACAGCAGAUCUAUGACCCUCAAUGACCCCCGUAUCGCACGUGCGUAUGGCCUUCCGAAGGUGCACAAGACAGAUGCGCCACUGAGGAUCAUUGUGCCACUUAUUGAUCCCCUACUUACAACCUUGCCAAGUGGUUAUACAGACACUUAAAGCACCUCGCAAAUGGAUCGCAAUACAGCAUCAAAAAUUCUCAGGCUUUCCUACAAAAGACCCAAGGCCUUGAAGUAAGUCCUGACGAAUGCAUCCUAUCGUUCGAUGUUGUUGCCCUGUUUUCUUCAAUACCGCAUGAACUAGCGAUUGACAGCGUAGCCCGAUGUCUAGAGCAAAGUCCCAUUGGCAUUCCAACAGCACAUGUUCUAGACAUGCUUAAGCUUUGCCUCAAGAAUUAUUGUCUGUUCGAUGGCAAGUUCUAUAAACAAGUAAAGGGUACCCCAAUGGGCUCCCCAAUAUCGGGGCUGCUUGCAGAACUAGUCUUGCAGCGACUAGAACAGGAUGUUGUGCACACCUUCGAACCAAAAAUGUGGCUCCGCUACGUGGACGACACAUUUGUCAUCAUAAAGACCAGGGAAGUUGAGCGAUUGCAUCAGAGCUUAAAUAGCGUCUUCCCGGCUAUACAGUUCACCCGCGAAGAAGCAACAGGAGAUACCCUCCCCUUCUUAGAUGUGAGCAUACAAAGACUCAGUGAUGGCAAACUAGCGACAAGCGUCCACAGAAAAGAAUCCAGUGCCGAAAUCAUACUUAAGUAUGGGAGUAAUCAUCCUGCGGCCCAUAAACGGAACAGUGUCCGCACUCUUUUCCAUCGGGCCCAUCGCACCUGCAACAGUGAUGACGCACUUAAGAAAGAAUUGGCCUACUUACAUCGGUUGUUCCGCUCCAACGGAUAUCCUGCCAGUUUUGCAAAGAACUGUCUCAGACGCCAGAGACAACUACCAAACCCCGAGUCUCAUGAAGAUAGAGCGUCACAGAAAUUCUAUUCACUGCCGUACAUUCAGGGAAUCUCUGAAGCACUCUCCCGGCAACUAAAACUCUUUGGCAUAUACAUUGCCCACAAGCCCGCAUCUUCCCUACGCGAGACAUCAUGCCGAGUAAAGGACCCGGUGCACAAAGAACACUUAAGUAGCGUCAUAUACCGCAUACUGUGUGCCAACUGCCCUUGUGUUUAUAUUGGCCAUACAGGCCGAUGUCUUGGGACUCGCAUUAACGAACACAAGUUAGCCCUCCGCCGACGUGACCCUCUGUCCCUCGUGUUUGCACACGCCAUUGAGCAUGACCACCGCUUCAAUUGGGACGGCACUGAAGUGAUCGCAAAGGCUAACACCAGACAGGCGCGAGAAUUCCUCGAAGCUUGGCACUCUGGCACGACCAGCAUCAACCGCCACGUCGAUCUAGACGCUCAUUAUGAGGGCCUACGUACACGCUCACUGUCUUGUUCCCAAACCUAA